AUGGCAGAAUAUUUUGAUAUUUGUGUGUACAUGAGCCGUUUGGAGGAAGCAAUUCCCAAGUAUGGAGUUACGCAGAUCCAAUACCAUGAAGUCAUACGAACGUUGGCGAAAUUGCCCAAACUUUUUAAGGUUGGGCAUAACUCGCAAAUACAUUUGCGUGAUUCUGAUCCUGACAGCACCAUUCAAGCCUUCAUACACGCGAUCAUGUCAGUCAUUCAAUCGGCACAACAGGAUGUUGAGUGUGUUGACGCAACAGUGAAAUGUUUUGAGACUCACGUCCUUCAAGUUGUUAGUUGGUUGAGAGAAAUGGUACGCCAGUGCAAGGGAGAAAAUCCAGCACUGCAGACUCCAGCCCUGCAAGGACCAGCUCUACCCAGACCAGCGCUGCCCAGUCCAGCCCUGCAAGGUCCAGCUCUACCCAGACCAGCGCUGCCCAGUCCAGCCCUGCAAGGCCCAGCUCUACCUAGUCCAGCGCUGCCCAAUGCAGCACUGCAGAAUUCAGCUGUGCAAAAUCCAGCUAUGCAUAAUCUAGCUCUGCAGAAUUCGGCCUUGCCAAAUCCAGCCCUGCAGAAUCCAGCCAUGCAGAAUGCAGCACUGCAGAAUUCAGCCCUGCAAAGUCCAGUCUUGCCGAGCCCAGCUCUGACCAGUCCAGCACUGCCGAGCCCAACUCUGACCAGUCCAGCUCUGACAAGCCCCUGCCAGGAAGAGAAGGCAGCGCAGCAGAUAGAAAGAGAGUUGGAGAAAGAGGAGGUUCUUGUGUCUUUGUUGGAUGGUGAUGAUUUAAUCGAGUUGGUGGAUGAGUAUAUGAUAGAGUUUGAAUGCUAG